CACACUGUCCCUGUAUUGUGACCUCCGGGACUAUAGGGGGCGGUACUACGUUCACAAAGGUAAAUCCUAGUCGAGGAAGAUGAAAUAUGGUGGGCGCAGUGGAGGUGUGUUGUUUCUUGGUGGUGGCGUUGCUCUGGGGAGCCACUAAUCCAUUUUUAAAGAAAGGUACAGAAGGCAUUGAAAGAGUGAAGAAGGGGAAUAUUAUCCUUCAGCUCCUUGCCGAGGUUAAGUUCCUGUUCCUCAACUUCAAGUAUCUGAUUCCAUUCCUGCUGAAUCAAGGUGGAUCUGUGGUCUACUACUUCACCUUGGCCACCACAGAGCUGUCCGUGGCUGUGCCGGUCGUGAACUCUCUCACAUUCCUCAUAACCCUGCUCACAGGCAGUUUGCUGGGUGAGGACUUUGGUGGGAAACGAGCUGUGUUUGGGAUGCUGCUGACCAUGUUAGGAGUCUCUCUCUGCAUCUUCAGUUCAGCCUCUGAAGCCAAGGACACAGCCCCGUUGAACACCACACUGACCUGAGGACCAUAAACAAAGCUAUGGAAGUAGGGACCUGAUUACUGUAGUUGGUGUCUGGCAUGCCAACCCAGAUCAGAUGGUUACACAGUCUAACAGUGGUUGAACUUGAAAGACUGUCUGCACUCUGCACUUUCAAUACUUUUUGCUGCUGUUCUGUAGUAUGGUGAAUCACUCACUCUUUGUGAUGUUUACAUGAUGUUGCUGCUGCUGCUAUGUCUAUGUAUACGCUUCAGUUCAUUAUGCAGUGCAAUGCAACGUCGUCAUUUUCUUACGGUAAUUAGAUAUGACUUUCUAGAUCAGUGACAUCUUCUGUAACAUUAUUCCUGUAGUUUGUUUCUAACUUUAUUGUCAGAGGCAGAGGGGACAAACUUUUAAAAAAUAAAUUUUCUUGUCUUCAAAAGCAGCUCCAAUGUAGUUUUGAUAUUCAUUACAUGACCAAAAGCAGAUGCAGCUCAACAGCUUUUCUCAAUCUUUGCACUCUGCAACUCUUUACGUUGACCACAUUUGUUUUUAUAUCACUUCUAUAUUCUACGAAACAUUGCUGGGUAUAUGUAGUAACAGUUAAAAGCAGUAAGCCGCGUGAGGCUGUAGGUUUGCGUAGUGCUCCUUAGCGGAAAUCACUGGAACCUAUGGCCUCUUGGGACUUAUAGCUUAGUUUUCAGUUUGGCAACAGAGGCACAAGGAUGUUUAAUAUAAUAUAUGAAAUAUUUGAUUUAUUCAAUGUGAAAAUGAUUUGACUAGUGUAUAACAGAUGAUGUAUAUGUUUAUAUAUACACAUAUUAGAUAUAAUAUAUUUGAUAUUUGGCCAAGUAUGUGCUUUAGUAACACUGAACUGGAUGUGAUGUGAACUGAAUGGCUGGUCAGCUGAUUUCGGUGUAGAGAAUCCUGCUAUAUUUUUAGAUGCUGAUCUUGCUGAAAGCAAGUAUAUUUUCUCAGUGCCUGUCCCUGUCAGAAGAUAUUUCAUACUGAGCUGUAUAUUCUUUAUUAUUACAUGAGGAUUUGG